AUGCAUCGCUUUUUUGCAGAGCUGGAGCCAUCUCUAUCCGUCACUGAGCAAAACCUGGCAGACCGAGUUAGGUACAUCCUGCGCUCCAACAUAUUUGGUGACGCCGAACUCGAGCGACUACGACGUGAGGCUAUUCCUUCAUCGAAUGGAAAUGCUACGGCUGGGAAUGCGGCGCCACUAGAUGCGCAACAAACUGCAUAUGUGGAUGCUGCCGUCAACAUUCCAUUUGUGGCUAAUUCAGACGAUGAUGGAAUAGUCUCCCACGAACUAGAGAAAAUGAGGAGCAUACUGGAAGAGUCGAUGCUGGAAACGCACAGCAUGCCUCUCGAAAAUCGACCGCGACUUCCCCGCAUACCCCUUAGCAAGCGAAAUCGGGCUGUCGUGCGGGCUCUUAACCCAAUGCUGAUGACCUAUUUGGAAGCCAGCCGAGACCUUUGCGAGACGGAUUCAAUUCUUUUUGGCGCCUCACUGGCAGUAUGCCGUAUUAUUGGCGCCAAACUUCCCGUGGCUGGACGUGCUACUCAAAAAAGUAGCGUCAUCCUAGCCUGGAGAAAAAGAAUUGAGGACCGUAUCGCAAAGGCAAGGGCCCUUUUCGGCAGACUGACAAGCUUCAGGUCGGGUAAUAAUAGACCGAGGAUUAUGCGCACCAUUAGGAUGGCGUUUGCUGGGACAAAUAUCAGUUUGUUCCAGCCGGAUAUCACGCAAAAACUAACGGAGCGCAUAGAUGACCUGAAGCAAAAAAUCGCUGCUUGGGGGAAGCGGAUUCGACGAUUUGGCGAGAGGUCAAGGCGGUUCAACCAGAAUCGUCUCUUUUAG